AUGACACAAAUCUCUCGAAAUUCAAACCAGUUGUUGGGAUUCAAAUCCGAACCUAGAAAUGCAGUAGUGUUACAACUUUUGGAGAGAAUUUGGAACCGGAUUCCCUGCCUGCGAGGCGGGAAUGGGAAAAUUCAAAAGGAACAUGCAUCACUGGCAAAUUCAAAUGGCAGUGUCGGCGAUAUCGGAACAGGUGUCACCGUAGGUGUAGUGGCAUGGCACCGGCAAAAACAGGAAAGUAGAGAUCCCAGUUUUUUUUUCCGGGUUUAUCUGUAUAAAGUUUCAUUUCUAGAAAACAUUAAAGGCAGCCACAUGGCUUAUUUUGGAGUACAAGAUUCAUCGGUUGGAAUCCAGAUCCGGAUAAUUUAUCCCUCAUUUCAGCCCCACACAGCUCAACUAUGCACAGAGGAUUUCCGGCGAGAACCAAAAAAGAUAUCAGAUCAUAGUCAUACAAACAGUUCAAAGAAAAAUGCAUCCAAGUUUCAGACAAAUCAAUACUACCAAACACAGCCUAAGCACACAAAACCAUCAAAAACCAAAACUCUUAACCGUUAG